AUGCGUGUUGGAAUCGCAACUCCUGCUAGGAGGAUGCUUCAGCUCCGCCCAUUCCGCCCUCCCAAUUUUAAUUCUCUGCGCCUCUCACUCUCUCACUCGACGCUGAACCCUGGCCCCACCUCUCGCCCCCAUAUACCAUACCUCUCCCCACCUAGUCGGCGCCUCACGGCACGAUUCGUUACCACCGAAACCAAGGCAUGGAUCAAGGACGAGGUGAAGAAGGGCUUCAAGUGGACGGCAUAUUUAUAUACCUUCGUCUUUUUGUUCUUUGUCAUGGGCUACGGGGCUCACCAGGAAUGGACAAAUCGCCUGUAUCAUCCACCUCCAGAAUGGUCAUGGAUAAGUCGUGUCCAGUAUAUGAUGGCUAAUUGGCAUGAGGAUGAAGAGAAUAUGCCUGGAAAUUACGUUCAAUGGGUGACCAUAGGCUCAUAUUAUCGCAUCCUACUUUUGCGACUAGAAGAUCCGAACAUUGAUGGAGCAGGCUUAUUGGAACAGGGAGAAGGCGGAAUUUUGGUAGAAGGCAUUGGGAAGACCGGUUAUGAUAUUUCGGCAAAAUCCGAGUCAUGGAGACGCGGAUACUACAAUGCAUUGAUGGGUGCAGCAGUAUCCGCAGAACACCUGGAAGAUAGUGUGAAGGAUGAGAAGCGGAGAAUCAUAAUGCCCAAGAGCAUGGUUCCUGGGCCUUCGAAUCCAAAUCCACGACCACCACCUCCUGGAACGAAGGUGGAGUCCAGAGAAGAGGACUGCGAGAAAGCAUAUGAACUUCCAGAAGUAUUCUACAUGCGCAUCCUCACAACACGUGGGUUCACUGAGAAGCAGCGGGUUGAUGCUGCGUUAGGCUAUGCAGCAUACCUGGACUUCAAGGGGACUCACAACGCGGCCAUGAACAUGUAUGAAUGGGCAUUGGAUAUUGCCACUGAGAAUCCUUCAGGCUCUACUCCCCAGCCUGCCAUUGAUCGUGCCACUGGCAUCCUCAACCCGAACGCUGGACCACCCAGCGCAAACCUUUUAGCUGUGACCACCGCCAUCGCAGUUCACCACGCUCUAGCAUCAAAUAUAUCUCUGGCACUCCCUAUCUUCCUCUCUGUUCUCCGUGCGCGAAGAUCCCUACCGGAAGAUCCCUCCUCCCAAUCCCGCUUACAAGCAACAGAGGAAGAAAAGAGUGGCCUCAUCCACGCUGCCAUUUCUUACGCGCGGGCCAUUCUCAUCCCUCCGCCCUAUCCUCCACCCCCCGACGAUGGUACAUCCCCACCGAAACGCACACCAAAGGAACGCUGCGAGGAAGCCGGAAUAAUGGGCAACAUCGGCGAAAUCCUGUACGCAUCGAAGAAAAGCAACAGAAGCAAGGAGGAAGGGCUAGCAUGGACACGAGAAGCGGUGGAUAUUGCCGAGGAACAGUUGACUAGCGCUCCGUUGGAUAAAGAAGCGAAGACAGCGUGUAAGCAAUGUUUAGGAGCGGCGAUUGAGAAUUGGGACAAGAUGGUUGCGAGACUGGCGAAGGAAGAGAAGGAGGCCAAGGCCCAGGGGGGCAAAGUCGGUGGGUGGUUGGGAUUUGGAGGGGAAGAGCAAAAGGAUGUUAUCGGACGGUGGGAGAGUGAGGAGAAUGUUGUGAGGGAAAGAAUCAUAAGGGCAAAUGAACUGCUUGUGUCGCUUAGUGCGCCUCCUCCUGCAAGGAAGGGUUCGUUCCUGACUGCAUAG